AUGGCACGGUUUGCUCAGUAUGCUAUGGUCGCAUCGGAAGAAGCUCUGAAGGACUCUGAGUGGUUUCCGAAAAAAGAGGAAGAUCUCGAAUCAACGGUAUGGAGAAUACGCACGCUUUCGACACGUGCUCUGCUCACAUCGUAUCAGGGUGUUUAUAUGGGAUCUGGAAUCGGUAGCUUAGACGAUGUCUAUAAUACCACAGUUGCAUAUGAGAAGGGUGGACCAAACCACGCAGCGACGACUGCAUGUACGACUGGUGCACAUAGCAUUGGAGACGCCUCUCGUCUGAUUCAAUUCGGUGAUGCGGAUAUAAUGAUCGCUGGGGGUGCCGAGUCUUGCAUUCAUCCACUCGCCAUCUCAGGAUUCGCUCGUGCCAGAAGCUUAGCGACCGACUUCAAUGAUCGCCCUACGGAGUCGAGUAGACCAUUCGACAGAGCAAGAAAUGGCUUCGUCAUUGGUGAGGGUGCCGGUGUCAUGGUUCUUGAAGAGUUGGAGCACGCAAAGAACCGAGGUGCACAAAUCUACGCCGAAGUUGCUGGCUACGGACUGUCCAGCGAUGCCUACCACAUGACGGCGCCUCGCGAAGAUGGGCAAGGCCCACGCCUCGCUAUGAAGCAUGCGCUACGACAUGCUGGCCUCAAACCCAGUGAUGUUGACUAUGUCAACGCCCAUGCCACUAGCACUCCACUGGGAGACGCAGCUGAGAAUCGAGCCAUCAAAGAACUCUUGCUGGGUGAAGACGGAAAGACUGCAGCAUCCAAGAUCAAUAUAAGCAGUACGAAAGGCGCAAUCGGACAUUUGCUUGGUGCUGCCGGUAGUGUUGAGGCGAUUUUCACAGUUCUAGGAAUGCAUCACAACAUUUUACCGCCGACUCUCAAUCUUAACAAUCCAGGCGACCCCCCCGAAGACUUCGACUGUAACUAUGUCGCCAAAAGUGCGCAACAGUAUGAUGUCAAAGUGGCUCUUUCGAAUAGUUUUGGUUUCGGUGGCACAAACGCCUCGCUCUGCUUUCGCAAGGUAGAGGGUUUAUCGUAA